AUAUCUAGUUUCCAAUCCUGCUGUUUCUUCGGUGGCGUGUUUUUUAAAGCUGUGCACGUGUUGAAAAAGAUUGAACCAUUGCGCUAUGAACGAAUUAGCCGAAGUUGCUAGAGAAGCUUUCCUUUUGCCCAUACAGAUAAUCAAUGACCGGAGUUUCUUUGAGGAAGGUUUCCAGUGUCAAUGGGCUACCAAAGUAGACUCUGCAGUAUCAGAUUUGAAGAAUAGGUUACCAAAUUGUUCGUUUCCAUCUAAAGACGAAUUAAUAGAAAAAGGCAAAGAUGUAUUGCAGUUACUCAUACUGUGUGGUGAACACAACGUUUGUGCUGAAUGGAAUACCCAGAAACUAGUGGAGAACGUAAAGGAUCUUCUCGAACUUUUGCUAUUCAAACUUGAUGCUGGAAACAUUUGUGACAUACUUUGUUGUAAAGGGGUUGCUCAUACAGUUCUGCAACAACUUAAGCCAAAAUUAGGCAAAAAUCAAAUAAAAGCAUAUCCUGCUGCAGUAAAUUGUUUCCUCUGGGUUAUCACCAACACUAAGUUACCUGCCAUUGACGAAUCUGUAGACUUUGCCAUACCUGUUUCCUUGGUAUUAUUUGAUGAUUGGGAACCAACCUACCAGCAGAAAGGUCUUGACUGCAUAUCUCAUAUACUAAACCAAAAUCCUAAAUCUCUGCAAAAACGAGGAUGGCUUGAAGUCAUCUUUAGCAGCUUGAAGAAAAAUACUCAAUUUAGUGAUAGACUGAAUUUGUACAAAUGCCUUGACAUUUGCCUGAAACUUCAGACAUUGGAUUUGGAAGGCCCAUCACACUGGAACAGGGAUGAGGAAUAUGAUAGUCUUGUGAAUGAUUUGUUGCAAUCAACUCUAGUCCAAGACUCACCAUCUGCAGCAACAUGCAACCUAAAGAUUCUGGUUAUUCUUUUCCAUUCAAUGAAAAUCAAAAUGGCAAAAUUUCUUCCUUCAGUGAUUGCUGUGUUGGACAACUAUCUUGCAGUUGGUGUUACUCUCGAUAUUCACGUUUUGACGGUUGAGUUGAUGGAACUAACCAUUGAAUAUUGCUGGGUAUGUCUGGAACCACAGUUUACUAGCCAUUUGUCUUGGCUCUUAUUCAAGCUUGCAAGCGAAAAGUUGGCUGAUGAAGAAACACGACAAAGAAUAUCUAAAUGUGCUGAUUUAGUUGAAAAUAUUUCCCCUUCGCCGUUACCCAUUCUUUCGUUCCGGCCGUAACAACGGAAAAUUUGCCGGUAUUUUUGUUAGUUUAUUUUUAUUUUCUCGCCUGUUAUUAAAUGAUGUAAUUUGGUACGAAAUCCUCAGUUGUUAACUAUUAAUGUAGGUAGAAUUAGUAUUAGCCGAGCUGUUGGAAUUUGUAACAUGUUGCAACCUUUCUCGCAUCCUGUUCAUACUUCCCGCGCUUUCUCGGUUGUCAUGGUAAUUUUACCUUAGCAGACGACAGAAGUCUCAAAUGCGAAAACAAACGUGUUGAUAGAAGUUCAACUACAACAAACAUUAUCUAUAAAUAUCGGUGUAAUAUUUAAACGUACAAGACUCAAUAACACCGUCAAAUAUUAAA